AUGAUCGACGGGAUCGACUACGCGGUGAAGAAGGUGAAUCUGACGCGCGGAGGACUGGAGGGCGAGCACACGCAGCGCGUGCUGCGGGAGGUGAAGCUGCUGGCGAAGUUCGACGACGUGAACAUCGUGCGGUUCUACAACGCGUGGGUGGAGCAGGUGGAGCUGGAUAAAAUGCCCGCGGAGCUGCGGGGAACCGAGGAAACCACCGAGGACCUCACCGAGAAGUCGCUCAUCACGCAGGAGUUCCUGCUGACGAACACGCUGGGGACGGAGGGCGGCGUGCUGUCGACCUGCGAGGAGACCAGCAGCGAGCUGGCGAACGGCUCGGGGGCGGGGAGCUUGGCGUUGGGCGAGGGAUCGUUCUGCCCGUUCCAGUUCGAGGACGAUUCGUCGCGCUUGACGUUCAGCGUGGAGUACUUGUCGAAUAGCGCGUUCAAGCUGGAUACCGCGGAGUCCUCGGAGGAGGAGGAGUUCGAUUCGAAUUCGGCGUCGCGUUCCUUCCAUUCCUCUUCGGAAUCGGGUUCGGGUUCGGAAUCGGGUUCGGAAUCGGGAUCGGGAUCGGCGUCUUCUUCUUCUUCAUCAUCAUCUUCUUCUUCUUUUUCUUCGUCUGCUUCAACGUCGAACGGUUCCUCGCUCUCUCCUUCCUCGGCUUCUUCUUCUUCUUAUUCCUAUUCCACGUCCCACACCCCGGGAUCGCCCUCCCAGCUUUCUCUUCCAUCCAAAGAGCCCCUCGACCCUUCCCUCGACUCCAAAGAUCCCGUCCAAUCCGUCCAAUCCGUCCAAUCUCAGCCCAACUCCAUCCAAUCCAUCCAAUCUCAGCCUCCUUCCCUCGACUCCCAGUCCGCCGUGGUCUCUUCCACGCCUGUCGCUACUGCUACCGCUGCUGCCUCUGGGGUUCCGCGCGUGCGCCGCCGCGUGCGCCGGCCGAGCGCUGCGAGCGCUGCGAGCGCUGCGAGCGCUGCGAGCGCGUCGUCGGGGCUGUCGGACCUCCUGCAGCAGUACGCGCUGGUGCUGUACAUCCAGAUGGCCUACUGCGGGCGCACCACGCUGGAGAACUACCUCAAGGACCCCGCGCGCGUGGUGCGCGAGCGCGAGCUCCUCGACGUCUGCGUGCAGCUCUGCCACGCGCUCACCUACAUCCACGGGAAAAACGUCAUCCACCGCGACGUGAAGCCCGCCAACAUUUUCUACGGCGAAGACAAAGUCGUCCGGCUCGGCGAUUUCGGACUCUCCCGCAUCCUCAGCGACGCCAACCCCGUUUCCACCUUUUCUUCCACGUUACCUCUAGUCGGUUUCCCCCGCGAAACGCGCGGACGCCUCGCUUCCCUCCAGUUUAUCCGGCUCCGCCACGACGACGCGCAUCGGAACACAAAUCUACGCGUCGCCGGAACAAUUCGCGGUCAACUCCACCUACGACUACAAAAGCGAUGUGUUUUCCGCGGGAAUGGUGCUGUACGAAAUGAUGUUCCCCGCGUUCGCGACCACGACGGAACGCUACAUGGUUCUGGGGAGAGCCAGACAGGGGGAGUUUCAGCAUGA